CAAUGUCGUAAAGAGAAGACUUGCCAUAGAACUGGUCUGUUUUUGGUGGAGGCAGGGUACUCAAUAACUGAAAUGUUGAUACAAGCCUCUGCAUUUCCAGUAAAACAAAACUGGAAAUGAAGCCCUGAGAGAGAGCAGACAAAGCCCCUGCCUGUGGUGUUCCAGGAGAGCAGAUUGAAACAAGUCCAAAACAGGGAACAAAAAGCCACACAAGAGGCUUCUGAGGGAGGACAGUUUGCCCCAGGCUCGCUGGUGGUGACUGGGAAGGUCUGCGCCAUGUACAGAUUCACGGCUGUUGUCCUCCUCUGGGCUGCGGCAACAUGUGCUGAAACAGAAAAUCUUCCUGAAGCUGGAUUUCAAAAAUGCAAGAGUGCUUUAAAACUGCCUGUUUUGGAGGUUCUCCCUGGAGGAGGCUGGGAUAAUCUGCGGAAUAUAGACAUGGGGAGGGUGUUGGAGUUGAAAUAUACCAACUGUAGGACCACAGAGGAUGGACAGUACAUCAUUCCUGAAGAAGUCUUUACCAUUCCUCAGAAAUGGAGCAACCUGGAGAUGAACUCAGAGAUCUUGGAAUCCUGGGUAAAUUACCAGAGCACCACUUCAUUUUCCAUCAACGCAGAGGUCUCUACUUUUUCCAAAGUCAAUGGCAAGUUCUCCACUGAGUUCCAAAGAAUAAAGACACUGCAAGUGAGGGACCAAGCUAUAACUACCAGAGUUCAGGUAAGAACCCUGGUCUACACGGUUAAAACCAAGCCAACAUCAGAACUCAGCUUGGGGUUUAAGAAGGAGCUCAUGGAAAUCUGUGACCAGCUGGAGAAAAACCAGACAAAGAUGGCCACCUACCUGGCAGAACUCCUGGUCCUCAACUAUGGCACUCACGUCAUCACCAGUGUGGAUGCGGGGGCUGUGCUUGUUCAGGAGGAUCACAUCAGGUCCUCCUAUCUUCAAGACAGCCAGACCAGCCACACCACAGUGGCAUCAGCCGCUGGAAUUUCCUUCUUAAACAUUGUGAACUUCAAAUUUGAGGAGAACUACACUGCUCAGAAUGCCUUGACCAAGAGCUACCUUGCAAACCGAACCAACUCCAGGGUACAGAGCAUUGGUGGGGUUCCUUUCUACCCAGGCAUCACCUUACAAACCUGGCAGCAAGGCAUUGCCAACCACCUGGUAGCAAUAGACCGUGCUGGCUUGCCCCUGCAUUUCUUCAUCAAGCCUGAUAAUCUUCCUGGUGUGCCAAGCCCCUUGGUGAAGAAGCUGUCUAAGACAGUGGAAUCUGCUGUGAGACAAUAUUACAACUUUAACACCUACCCUGGCUGCACAAAUGUCGACUCCCCCAACUUCAACUUUCAAGCCAAUACAGAUGAUGGCUCUUGCGAUGGGAAAACAAACAAUUUCACUUUUGGAGGCGUUUAUCAGCAAUGCACACAGCUCUCAGAGAGUGACGUUGACCUCUGCCAAAACUUGGAGCAGAAGAAUCUGCUCACUGGUAAUCUCUCCUGCCCCUCUGGCUACUCCCCAGUCCAUCUACUGACUCAGAACCACGAGGAGGGUUUCAAUCGCCUGGAAUGUAAAAAGAAGUGCACCCUCAAAAUCUUCUGUAAGACAGUGUGUGAAGAUGUGUUUCGGGUAGCAAAGGCUGAGUUUAGGGCUUUUUGGUGUGUGUCUAAGGGCUCAGUACCUGAAAACUCAGGACUUCUUUUUGGGGGUGUCUUCAGCUCCAAGAGCGUCAACCCCGUGACAAAUGCACAAUCCUGCCCAGCUGGCUACAUUCCACUGAGCCUCUUUGAGAGCCUCAAGGUAUGUGCUUCUCUGGACUAUGAACUGGGGUACAAAUUUUCUGUCCCCUUUGGAGGUUUCUUCAGCUGCUCUGUGGGGAACCCAUUGGCAAAUUUUGCCACAUCUGUAGACAUAGGGGCACCAGCUCCUAAAAGGUGUCCUGACGGCUUUAGUCAACACCUUGCCCUCAUCAGUGAUGGAUGUCAAGUGUCCUAUUGUGUCAGUUCUGGGAUCUUUACAAGUGGGUCCUUGCACCCUGUCAGGCUCCCACCUUAUACUCAGCCACCCCUCAUGAGUCAGGUUGCUACUAAUACAGUUAUAGUUACCAACAGUGAGAGUGCCAGAACCUGGAUUAAGGACCCUGAGACCCACCAGUGGAAGCUGGGAGAGCCCCUGGAAGUGCAGAGAGCCAUGACAGUUCUCCAUGGGGAUAGUGGUGGCUUGUCAGGUGAGGCAGCUGCUGGUGUCACAGUGGGUGUCAUUACAGUAGUUGUGGUUGUCAUUACCUUGGCAAUCUACUGUACCAGGAAGCACAAGAAAGAUUACCAAACAAUUGAAGAGAGGGAGCAUUUGUCUCAGUGCUUUGCAGCACCUGGAGACACCCCCAGUGGAGAUGAGAAUAUAAUUCCAGCAUAAUUCUCUUUCAGGGGAAAUUUUUGUCAUCUCCAAUCCCAGCUUCAAGCAUUCUUUCUAUUCCUUUCUUCUUUUCUCCAGCCUUCCUAAGUACUGCCAUGUUAGUGACAACACAGAGCAGAUAAUAUAAUCUUGUGCCUUCUUAUUUAGGUCUAUGCACCAGGAAAUUAAAAGAGCUUUAUGACCAGCUUGUAUUUGCUGUUGUUGUUGUGGUGGUGAUUAAACUCAUUCAGCAAAAGCCAGCCCCGGUGACAAAGACCUAAUGAUGGUGUCUAGUCUAUUUUCCACUGAUUGUUUUCACCUGCUUGCAUGUGUAUGAAAAGAAAUAGAUGCAGAGAUUUGGGUUUAGAAGCUGUGAAUUUUAUCUGAAGCUGACAGGGGUUUCCAGUUUGUAAGCUGCAAGUCUUUCUGCCUGAAACACUAUCUUCCUUCUUGGCUCUUUUUAAAGAAGCUAUUUGGGGGCUGGGGAGAUGACUUAGCAGUUAAGUGCUUGCCUGUGAAUCCUAAGGACCCCAGUUGGAGGCUUGAUUCCCCAGGACCCACAUUAGCCAGAUGCAUAAGGGGGCGCAUGCAUC